AGGAGGAGGACCGCGGUUCUGUUUUGCACUGGGUUUUGAUCAUCUUUUAUUUUCUCCUUCUUCUUUUUUUUCUUCUUUUGGGUGCUCCAUUUGGACAGUAUAGGACAGCCGAGCAGAGCUUGGAUGAGCCACCUCGCUGAAAUCCCGAGAUGGAGUUGCUGCUGAUCUGCCUUUCCCUGUGGAUAUUGCAAUGCAAUUCGGCCAGAGCGGACUCCAUCAUACAUAUCGGUGCCAUAUUCGAGGAAAACGCAGUGAGAGAUGACGAGAUUUUUCAACUUGCCAUUUCAGACCUGAGUCUGAACGACGACAUUCUGCAGAGCGAGAAAAUCACCCACUCUGUGAAACUUAUCGAGCCUAACAACCCCUUCCAGGCUGUGCAGGAAGCAUGUGAGUUGAUGAAUCAGGGCAUCCUCGCUCUGGUCACAUCCACAGGCUGUGCAGCUGCAAGUGCCCUGCAGUCUCUGACAGAUGCAAUGCACAUUCCCCAUCUUUUCAUCCAGAGAAACGGGGAUGGUGCACCCCGCACUGCCUGCCAGCUCAACCCCAGCCCAGACGGAGAGAGCUACACCUUGGCUGCCCGUCCACCUGUUCGAAUCAAUGACGUUCUGCUCACCCUCAUCUCAGAACUGCACUGGCAGAAGUUCAUCAUCUUUUACGAGAGCGACUACGACAUCCGGGGUUUGCAAACCUUUAUGGACCAGGCGUCUCGGCUGGGUCUGGAUGUUUCCUUGCAGAGGGUGGACCGCAAUGUCAGUCGAGUCUUUUCUGACCUCUUCAACACGAUGCGUACUGAGGAGCUCAACCGGUACCGGGACACUCUGCGGCGGGCUGUGCUGCUCAUGAGCCCUCGAGGUGCACAGGUGUUCAUCCACCAGGCUGUGGAAACCAACCUGGCAUCCAAGGACAGUCACUGGGUCUAUGCCAACGAGGAGGUGAGUGAUGCAGACAUCAUGGAGCUGGUUCACAGUUCUCUGGGGCGGAUGACCAUCAUACGUCAAAUCUUCCCAUUGUGGAGAGACACCAACGUUCGCUGUAUGAGGAACAAUCAUCGUAUCUCCUCCCUGCUCUGUGACCCGCAGGAAGGCUAUCUGCAGUCCCUGGAGGUCUCCAACCUCUACCUGUAUGAUAGUGUUCUGAUGCUGGCCAACGCCUUCUACAGGAAACUGGAGGACAGGAAGUGGCACAGUAUGGCCAGCCUUAACUGCAUGAGGAAGUCCACCAAGCCAUGGAAUGGAGGGUGGUCUAUGCUGGACACCAUUCAAAAGGGACGGAUCAGUGGCCUCACAGGAUUGAUGGACUUCCGUGCUGAAGGCUCUAAUUCCCAUGUGCAAUUUGAGAUUCUUGGAACCAGCUACAGUGAGACAUUUGGAAAAGAUGUCAAACGGCUGGCAUCUUGGGACUCCACUCGUGGUCUGAACGGUAGCCUAAAGGAGAAUCGGAUAGAGAGCGGUAUGCAGGGAGUGACGCUCAAGAUUGUAACAUUACUGGAAGAGCCUUUUGUGAUGGUGGCAGAGAAUAUUUUGGGCCAACCCAAGAGAUACAAAGGUUUCUCGAUUGAUGUCCUUGACGCCCUGGCCAAGAUCCUGGGUUUCAAAUAUGACAUCUACCAAGUUGGAGAUGGGAAGUACGGCUCAGCACUCCCUAAUGGAUCCUGGAAUGGCAUGAUUGGAGAACUCAUUGGCAAGCGAGCUGACUUGGCCAUAUCAGCCAUUACAAUCACUCCGGAGCGUGAGAGUGUGGUGGAUUUCAGCAAGCGCUACCUGGACUAUUCAGUGGGAAUCCUGAUGCGCAAAUCAGAGGAAAAGAUCAACAUUUUCUCUUUGCUGGCACCAUUUGACCUGGCAGUGUGGGCAUGUAUUGCCGCAGCCAUCCCUGUGGUGGGCAUCAUGAUCUUCCUGCUCAGGCGCAUCCAGGCAGUGCGCUGCCAAAACAAUGCAGGAGGCCAUCCACCACCUUCCGUCUCCACUUCGCUUCAGAGCGCCAUCUGGAUUGUGUACGGUGCUUUUGUGCAACAAGGUAGUGACUCCAUCCUGGGAUCGGUGGCUCUGCGUAUCGUCAUGGGCAGCUGGUGGCUCUUCACCCUUAUUGUGUGUUCGUCCUACACAGCAAACCUUGCUGCCUACCUCACCGUGUCACGUAUGGACAAUGCUGUUCGGUCGUUCCAGGACCUGUCCAAGCAGGUGGACGUGGUUUAUGGGACAGUGAGGGACUCGGCCGUGUACGAGUAUUUCCAGGCCAAAGGCACCAACCCUCUGGAGCAGGACAACACAUUCGCUGAACUCUGGAAGACCAUCAACAAGAACAACGGCUUUGAGAACUCUGUCUCCAGCCCAUCAGAGGGAAUCAAGAAGACAAAGCGAGAGUCAUAUGCCUUUCUGUGGGACAUGGCGGUGGUAGAGUACGCUGCUCUGACAGAUGACGACUGCACACUGACUGUAGCAGGAAACAGCAUGAGCACCAGAGGCUACGGCAUGGCCCUGCAGCACGGCAGUCCUUACAGAGACCUCUUCUCUCAGAAGAUAUUGGAACUUCAGGAAAAAGGUGACCUGGACAUCCUGAAGCAGAAAUGGUGGCCAAAGAAAGGCCGCUGUGACCUGCAGAGCCACGCAGACGCCCAGCCAGAGGGACGGGCGCUGCGUCUCCACAGCUUUGCCGGCGUCUUCUGCAUCCUGGCUGCUGGGCUGCUGCUGGCCCUCCUGGUGGCUGCCCUGGAGACCUGGUGGAACAGCAACCACUGCCGGAGAGAGCAGCCCAAAGAGGACAAAGAGGUGAACCUGGAACAGGUUCACCAGCGUUUGAACAGCCUCCUGGACGACGACUUGGCCCACAAGCAGCUGCCAGGCCAGUCUAUCGAGAUCUCUGCCCUGGACAUUGGCAGCAUGCAGCCCAGCCAGUCCCUGGAGGCCUUGUCUGCUCGGGACUACCCAGCCCAUCGGGGGCCGCCACGGCUCUCUGUGACCACCUUCCUCCAGGAGGGUCAUGGGGCAGGAAGGACACUGGGCACGGCCACUGGCAGGACCUUGCCCCUGCCCCUCAGCAGUGCCACCAUGCCCUCUAUCCGCUGCAAACACAGGGCGCCCAAUGGGGGUCUCUUCCGGCAGAGCCCAGUCAAGACACCCAUGCCAAUGUCCUAUCAACCAGUGCCAGGAGGACCCAUCCCAAAAGCCAGCGAACCCAGCCACGGGACAUCCAUCUGAGCACGCUGAACAUUCACAGACACUCGAGCUCAAACAGAAGAGCGGAGAGCUAAACUGAGUGCUAACAGUGUGAAGACAUAUAAAUAAAACACUAAAAAAGGAUUUUUAUUACCAGUGAUGAAGAGUCAGUGGGACGACACAUGACAAGACACUGAGACUUUAAUGUACAUAUUUGUAAGUACAAAGAGAGAGAGAGAGAGAGAG